CAAUGUCUAAUGUCAGUCUUGACUUGAUUUGUUAUGUUUUGAAAAUUAUGGUUCUGAAAGAAGUUAUCUUAUAGUAGAAAAAUAAAUAAUUUUUUUCUUACUAAAACAUUUUUCAUCAAUUUGAAGAUGUUACAUUUAUCCUUUUUAAAGCAAUUUUCACGGUUAGCUAUAAAUGCUGUAAGAAUACCAGCAAAUGUGAAGAAUAUUAGCACUACAGCUGCAGUGCAAUUCAAGAUAACUGACCAAUUAUGGGCUGAACCCAUGAAAAAGAAGAAAAAGAUGGACCCUGCUAUUGUUAAAGCCAGGGAAGAGAGGAGAAGAAAGAAAUUGGAGAAGCAAAUUCGGAGAUUGGAAAAAAAUGCUAAACAGCUGAAACCUAUUGAUGAAAUUGAACCGUCAUUACAUAUCCUUGACCAAUUAGGAAAACGUAAACGGCCCGCAUUAAAUUUGACACCAGAACAAAUAGAGGCUCGGGCGUUGUUAAACAAGGAGUGGGCGCGAUACAAACGCCAAGAGUACAUGGCUAAUAUUGCACAGAUUGAUAGGAUAAUGGCUGCGCAGAAACGGGCACUUGAUAUGCUGUAUGAAGAGUCGGAGGAUUUAUACAAUGAAGCGAUAAUGCCUGAUCUACAACUUCUUCCAUACAGCGUGGAUGGUACAUAUGCAACCCCUCCAAUAAAGAAUUAUGAUUCACCUGAUGGUGAAUAUAUAGAUAUAUCUAAGAAAUGGGGCAAUUGAAGUACACAAUAGAUAAUAUUUGUAAUGUUAUAAUUAG